AUGUUACUGUUCCUGCUGCUGGUCCUGAACUCUAAAACCAACGCUCAGAUAGAUCCAGCGCUCUGCCGUUAUCCUCUCGGCAUGGAGGACGGCAGGAUAAAAAACGAUGACAUCACAGCCUCUAGCCAAUGGUACGACACGACCGGGCCACAGUACGGAAGGCUGAACAGAGAGGAGGGAGAUGGUGCCUGGUGUCCUGCUGGUCAACUGCAGCCAUCAGAUGUUCAGUAUCUUCAGCUGGACCUGCGCCACCUCACCUUCGUCACCGUGGUGGCCACACAGGGCCGCUAUGCCCGCAGCUCUGGCAACGAGUUCGCCCGCAAAUACCGUCUGGACUACAGCCGUGACGGCCACCGCUGGAUCUCCUGGAGGAACCGCUCCGGGAACGAGAUCAUCGUGGGGAAUGUGAACACAUACGCUUCGGUGGUGAAAGACCUUCAUCCCCCCAUCAUCACACGCUUCCUGCGCCUCAUCCCCGUAACUGACGCCGUACACACCGUGUGUAUGCGUGUGGAGGUGUUCGGCUGUCCUUGGCAAGAUGGGUUGACGGCAUACAGUGCUCCAGAGGGUCAGACCAUGAUGGCUCCAGGCUAUCCCAUCACCUCCCUCAAUGAUUCCACCUACGAUGGCGUCCUGGAGCGCAGGAGGCUGCUGGGUGGGCUUGGUCAGAUGACAGACGGUGUGAUUGGUCAGGAUGAUUUUGUCCCGAUGCUGCAGUACCAGCUGUGGCCGGGUUACGAUUACGUCGGCUGGAGAAACGACAGCUUGGGUCCUGGAUACGUGGAGAUGGAGUUUCAGUUCGACAGACAGAGGAACUUCACCUCCAUGAAGGUGCACAGUAACAACAUGUUCUCUCGGGGAGUGAAGGUGUUCUCGUCCGUGUCGUGUGCCUUUAAGCCCCAUCUGAUCUCGGAGUGGGAGACGGAGCCGGUGGAGUUCUCCACAGUGCUGGACGACCGGAACCCCAGCGCUCGCUACGUCACGGUGCCGUUAGAGAGGCGCUCGGGAACCGCGCUCCGCUGCAGGUUCUUCUUCGCCGACACCUGGAUGAUGUUCAGCGAGAUCUCCUUCCAGUCUGCAACCAACCCAGUGCCCACUCCACGGCCUCCAGUGAUGACCUCCCCGCCGUCUGUAACAGAGAGCCAAGCGCUGACCACGCUGAAGACAGACGUCACCAUGACAACACCCAAACCGCAGCCUCCUGAAGAGGGCGGUACCUCUGUUCUGAUUGGCUGUCUGGUCACCAUCAUUCUCCUGCUGGUGGUGAUCAUCUUCCUGAUCCUCUGGUGCCAGUAUGUGUGUAAAGUGCUGGAGAAGGCUCCGAGGCGCAUCCUGGAGGAGGAGGUGACGGUGCGUUUGUCGUCCUGCAGUGACACCAUCGUGCUGCAGACCCCUCCUGUGCCCCCUCGUAUGUCUCUGGACCCCCCGUAUGAGCGAGUGUUUCUGCUGGACCCUCAGUAUCAGGACCCCGCAGCGCUCAGAGUUAAACUCCCGGAGCUGAGUCAGAGCGCAGAGGCCUCGGAGUGUGGUGGUGGCUAUGCUGAGCCGGACGUUACCCAGUGUACCCCUCAUCAGGGCUUCCAGAACAGCGUGCCGCACUACGCCGAGACCGACAUCGUGAACCUGCAGGGCGUUACUGGGAGCAACAUGUACGCCGUUCCCGCAGUUACCGUCGACUCGCUGACCAGGAAGGACAUCUCAGUGGCCGAGUUUCCACGGGAACACCUUAUCUUCCGAGAGAAGCUGGGGGAGGGCCAGUUUGGGGAGGUGCACCUGUGUGAGGCGGAGGGUUUGGCGGAGUUUUUAGGGGAGGGCGCCCCGUUACCGGAGCAGGACGGGAGAGCUGUGCUGGUGGCUGUAAAACAGCUCAGAGCAGACGCCACCAGUAAUGCCAGGAACGACUUCCUGAAGGAGAUAAAGAUCAUGUCCCGUCUGAACGACCCCAACAUCAUCCGGCUGUUGUGUGUGUGUGUGCACUCUGACCCGCUGUGCAUGGUCACGGAGUACAUGGAGAACGGAGACCUGAACAUGUUCCUCUCGCAGAGAGAGAUCGAGAGCACACUGACUCACGCCAACAACAUACCCUCCGUCAGCAUGGCAGACCUGUUGCACAUGGCGGUCCAGAUAGCGUCAGGGAUGAAGUAUUUGGCGUCUCUUAACUUUGUUCAUCGCGACUUGGCCACGCGCAACUGCCUCCUGGACCGGCAACUCACCAUAAAGAUCUCAGACUUCGGCAUGAGCAGAAACCUGUACAGCAGCGACUACUACCGCAUUCAGGGCCGCGCCGUGCUGCCCAUACGCUGGAUGGCCUGGGAGAGCAUCCUGCUGGGUAAGUUCACCACUGCCAGUGAUGUGUGGGCGUUCGGUGUGACCCUGUGGGAGAUCUUCACUCUGUGUAGAGAACAGCCUUAUAGUCUACUGACGGACGAGCAGGUCAUCGAGAACAGCGGAGAGUUCUUCAGGAACCAGGGCAGACAGAUCUAUCUCUCCCUUCCUCCGCUGUGUCCCUCCUCUCUGUUUGAGCUGAUGAUGCGGUGCUGGAGUCGUGACAUCAGAGACCGGCCAUCCUUCAGCAGUCUGUACCAGGCCCUGCGACCUCACGCCCACCACUCAUGACUCUCGCUCUAGCCAAUCCCCUCAGAACAUGAGCCUAAUCUAACCAGUCAGCUCUGAGGACGAGCCCGGAGGUCAUCUAAUGACUCUCCCUUUACGUGUGGAGUAGAGCGGACCUGGACGGCUGUGACCUUGCGGUGGUGACGGCAGAGAGGAACCAGGAGCCGAUAACGUCUCUCCAGACGUUCAUCUCCAGACGAGGCGUUCUCAGUUGCAGUACUAGAAGACCCCCUGCACUGCAGAGUUUAGUGUUUACCCUGCUCUAAAACACAACCUUAAACUAAUCAUUAAAUUAAUAGUUUGGUGACGAAACGGUUUCAUGCCUGACAUCAGAUGUAGUCGAUCAGCCAAGACACGUUCAGUGUCUGAAGUUUUCUUUUAGUUUUAACUGUAAGUACAAGGCCAACGUAGGUAACAGGUAAUGAAAACUUAGGGCUGUUACACAACAAACCCAAGGAUGUACAUCAAAAAUGCUGAAUUUUUUGGACCAAAGCUAAACAGGGAUGCUGGGUAGGCGACUUCUGUUUAGUCUUGUGGAGCUAUACGUGGUCUUCAGCAAGAAUGCACGUCUGGGGGCAACUUGUUUAACUUUUGUUGCUGGAUUAUGUCCGUGACAAAAAGUUUUCCCUCCUCUCAAAAACCUGCCCAAGUUCCUUUUAAUGUCUGGAGUACAAUCAACAACAUCAGCAAAGCAUGCCGGCUAACGAGACACCAUCAUUAGCUAAUGAUAGCUAAACCUUAAAACCAACAAAAAAGCCAAAAAACCAAACUUCAGACAUCAGACAUCCCUCAGCUGAUCUACAUUUGGAGCUUUUCACCAAACUAUGGCCUUAAUCCUUCCGUGAUUAGGAUCCCGUGAUUUUAGAGCCGGUAGGGAACUACAGUGUGCAGUGUGACGGGUUCUCCAGCGCUGUGACUGGGAAUCCCUGAACUUCGAAGUGAGGAUGUUUCUUCAAUCCAUGGACACUUGAGAUACGUCUUUGUCGUCUGUUUGUUUUGUUCAUUGUUACUUUAUUGAUUUAGUUAUUUUCUUGUUUCCUUUACACGGAUGGUCUUUCUUUGUGGUGUUUUUUUUUUUGUUUGGUUUUUUGCGGUCUCUGGAGAACACUACGUGCUCCAGACCUUAAAGAACCAACUGGAGGAGUGGUUUCUUCUCACAGUCCUGUGGUCCUGUAUCGCUAAGCACUACUGUCUUAACUUCAUGUGUUCAUUUUUCUGUUUAUUUGUGUUGUUUUUGUUCUUUAUUUACUCCCCCACCCCACACUGGAGAUAUUAAGACUUUAUUAUUCUGACUAUAAUGUGGAUAGUUUGAUGUUGAGUGUCAUUUCUGUUUUAUCUUUUUUUUUUUUUUGGUGUUUUGUGAUUAUGAAUGUUCUACAGGUUCAUUUGCGUGAGGUCAGGGUGGAGAGGCAAGCUCCAUCUGGCCUAAAAGCAGAACUACUGUCAUAGUUUAAAGGAACACGUCAGCGCUUUUUGAGCUAAUCUCUGUCUGCUGUGCUUGUGUUGUGCUUUCUGUCGCCGCACGUCGACACGUUUCCUCACGCCGAGUCAAAACGAGCUUAUAAUAGAGGCCACGGCUCAGCAACAGGCGCAACUACCCAUUGGCUUCUAUUAUAAGUUUAGCAUCGGUUCUUUUCCAAGUUCAGAUAAAUGUGUCUAAGUCAUUUUCUGAUAGAAAUUAGGCUGAAAAGGCGCUGGAAAGUUCCUUUAAGAGAGUUGAGCUUUUCCCCGAGAUUUACAGCCACAAACGGACUGACAUGGAGCUGAGCGCACUGUAUCUCUCAUUUCCCCCCAGCCUUUAAUCAGGCCUUCUGUCCAUUCAUCACUGUUACACCUGUAGACUCGAUAGCCUUUCUCCACCAAUGCUGUGGAAGAGGGACUCCCAACCCUGAAGAUCUGAAGAUCUGCUGCCCUGAGGGUUACUUCACAAAGCAUUUUGCUAUUGUCAGAACAAAACCUUGUAUCUCCGAAACGGUAACUUUACAGCAGAAGGAGAAAACCUACUCUACUUUUAAUGGAAGUCAUUGGGUAUACACACAACGUCAACGGUAAUGGGUAUUUUCAAAUUAUGGCAAAAAUGACAAAAAUGGAGAUACGAGGUUUUCUUCCGACCGCAGCGAUGCAGUAGUUCGACCAGAAAUCAGUUUUCCACGCUUCCUCCCUUUCCCAGUCAGCCAAGACAGGUUUGGAGUUCACUUCAUUAGUUUUAGUUCUGGAGCUAAGAGGCUAACACCGCUAACAAGUAACACAAGCUUAUGCUUGCUGCUAGCUUGGUGCUAACUGCACCACACUGUCCUCCAACCGAGUGGAGUUGUUCAGAAAUCUCUGGUGGACUUGAUUUCUUCGCUUCUGGCGCAAAGUUAUGUACAUAAAUGGACAUCAGUACAUUGGCAUGGCUGAAAACGGUCUAUUAACAUCGUAGCACUGUUGAGGCCACUGUGUAGGCGUGCAGUUAGCAUCAUGCUAACUAGUGGGGUGCUAGCUUCCGUUGCUUGUUAGCCAGAUUAGCCUCAUAGCUCUGGUCUAAUGCUUCCUAAAUUAAAUUCCUUCAUGAACAAAUGGGAACUGGGAAGUGGGAGAGGCAGAGUUUCUCAAGGACGCCCGUUUUCUAGUUCUAUGACUUCACUUCUACAUGGAGCUCUGAAGUUCUGUAGUCGGCUCCUUGCCCAUAUCAGGAACUCUGAUUUUAAGUUCAGUAGAUCCCACCAGGAGCUCGGAAUAACGUUGAAAGUGGUGUAAUGUGAAAGAGGCAUUGUAACACUGUUUCACUAGCGGUUAGCAGGCGGAACGUUCUGGGAACGCUCUAGAAAAACUGCUUGUAGUAGCCUAAUGAGCUUUUUCGACCGGAGCCUAUAAAAACCAAGGCCUGGUCGGAUGAUACGUUUGCAGCCUAAUCUUAAACCUUAGCGCGUUAUUCUGUCCCUAUUGCCUUAACUUUAUUGUUCUCAGAAGGCGUUAAUAUUGUGUUGCUUACACGUCAUGUUCUUCAGCCGUGGUUUGGAUGUUGCUUCAUCUGCUUCAUUCAGGUGAUACGGAUGGACUGUUGUACCCACAAAUCAAACAUCUCCUCAUCUGAUUUGUGAGUGGAGUGAUGAGGGCUUGAUUGAACACCACCAUUGUGGUUAUAUUGGUAUACGCUCACCAGCCACUUUAUUAGGCACACCUUGCUAGUAAAAGGUUGAACCCCC